AUGACGAAGCAUAAAAACGGAGAAAAACCAAAGGUUCAAAAUAAUGCGUCAACAACAGAAGAUUCACGCUUUGCCCAUGUACGAAAAGACCCGAGGUUUACCCGUCCGAAGAAAAAGGACGUGAAGAUCACUUUAGACGAACGUUUCGCUCAUAUGCUAACUAAUAAAGAGUUUAGCGAUACUCCUAAGGUUGAUAAAUAUGGAAGACCGAUUUCAUCGGAUAAAGUUGCUAAAGAACUAAAGAGAUAUUAUAAAUUAAGGGAUGAUGAGUUUAAAUGUAAAAGCGAAUCUUCAGAAAGUGAAGAACAACGAAAUCAUGUGACUACAGAGGAAGAAUCAGAUAAUGAAAGUAUUGAUUUACCAACUUUUGACCCAGCUAGAGGUGAAGGUGCUUUUGAGUCAUCAGACGACGAAGUAGAUAAAGAAGAAUUAAUUGAACAAGAAUCUGAUGAAUAUUAUGAUCAGGUUCCAUUAGGAGACGAGACUCAUCGAUUUGCCGUAGUAAACCUUGAUUGGGAUAAUGUAAAGGCAUCCGAUCUUAUGAAAGUGUUUAAUGGUUUUAAAUCAGAUGUGUCUAUCAUAAGAUCCAUAAAAAUUUAUCCAUCAGAAUUUGGUAAGGAGCGAAUAGAGAAGGAAACACGAGAGGAGGAAUUUGAUACAGAAGAAUUAAGAAGAUAUCAGUUGGAUCGACUUAAAUAUUAUUACGCUGUUGUCGACUGCGAUACUGUUGAGACUGCUCGUCAUAUUUAUCAGCAAUGUGAUGGAGCGGAAUUUGAAAGUACUGCCAACUUCUUUGAUCUUCGCUUUAUACCCGAUAAUAUGGAAUUUAAUGAUGAGCCAAAAGACGAAUGCUUCCAAGCACCUGAAAUAUAUAAACCUGUCGACUUUGUAACUGGUGCAUUGCAACAUUCAAGUGUGAAAUUGACUUGGGACGGUGAUGAUCCAGAUCGUGUCAAAACUAUAUGUCAAAAUUUCACGAAAAAAGAUCUUGAUGUUAUGGAUUUUAAAGCUUAUAUCGCAUCUUCUAGCGAGGAAUCUGAUGAAGAAGUUGAAGAAGCAAGACAAAAAUAUAAAAAUUUAUUAAAUGAAAUUGAAAAUGAUAACGCAGAAGAUCAGGAUAUGGAAAUUACUUUUACUCCUGGAUUGAGUGAGGCGGUAGCAUUGAAUUCAGCAGAAAAGAAUUUUGAAAACGAAACGAGUUUGGAAACGUAUUUACGUAAACAAAGCGAAAAACGCAAAGAAAGAAAGGACGUAAAAAAGAAAGGAACAAAGGAAACGAGUAGUGAUGAAACCUCAAAGUUAAAAUACAAAAAGUCGGGUAAAUUGUCUAAAAAGGAACACGAGGAGGUCGAUCGACAGAAGGCCGAAUUGGAGCUUUUAGUUAUGGAUGCCGAGGAGGAAGGUCAUAAGCAUUUUGAUAUGAAAGAGAUUAUUAAAAACGAGAAAAGAAACGGUAAAAAGAAAAAAUACAAAAGAGAUGUUCAAGUUGAUGAUGAUGAUUUCGAAAUUAAUGUUAAUGACCCUCGAUUUACGGCAUUACAUGAAUCGCAUCAUUUCGCGAUUGAUCCUUCCAAUCCACAGUUUAAAAAGACAAAAUCUAUGAGUAAACUUUUAGAUGAACGGCAACGACGUCAGUUUGAGUCAAAUAAUCACAAGUCGAAUACAAAUUUCGAGGAAAUCUCAAACGAUAAGAAUUCUAAUGUUCAAAUUAAAGAUUCAAGUUUGUCAUUAUUAAUAAAUUCCGUAAAACGAAAGAAUGCAUUAGCUACCGAAAGCAAUGAAAAAGGAAAGCGUAGAAAAACCAAAUCUUAA